UUGAAUGUCUUUGACCAUUCCUCUAGCUAAUCUGCAGCAGAAAAUAUCAUAAUUUCAUGUUUAUUUGUUAUUGUUUCUUAGCAUAUGUUGCAAAACGUAAAUAUUGUUAGUGGCUUUUUUAAGUGCAGGACACAAAAGCGAAAAUCUAGCUAAAUCGAAUCUCAAAAUAAUAAUAAUAUUAUUAAAAUUGUCAUAUAUACAAUUGUAUUUUUGUGUUUGGUUGCUGUAAUUUGUUUCAUGCUUUUGUGUUCUAGGAAAAAGACUUGAAAGUCAUAAGAGAAGCUAAGAUCCGAGAAGAGAUGUUAGACCGGGAAGCUUCACUUAGACAAGCAAGAGCAGAAGCAUCUCUUUCUGAUGGUAUCUCAUGGGUAAGCUUUGACCAGAAAAAGGCAAAACCAAUUAGGGAUUUUAGAAAAGUUGCCCUCCACAAGGUAAUUUUGCCUCCUACCCUCUUCACUCCUCUCCUUUCCUUUUGUUUAUUGUUUAUUGGUGUUGUUUUUCAACCUUGGGUUCUUUUUUGUUUUAGUUCAAAUUGAUGGCUUUCUUUUAUUUUCUAGAUUCAAUAUCGGGGUUGAAUUUCAGAGAUUAUAUGACAUUUUUGUUACUGUUUUUGGUAUUGUUCUCCUUAUGCAACUGUAAGUUUUUGAGCAACUGAAAUGAAUAAAGUUUUUUUGAUGUGCGAGCAUGAGAUAAUGAGGUGGAAGUAAGGAAGUUUUUUUAUAUUUGAAUUUGGUCUGAGUUUAUGGGUAAAGUGGAUUUUGGGUGAAAUCGGCAAAAGCAUGAGGCAGGGUUUGCUGUCGAGUGGUCUAUUGACGAACAGUAUAUAUUGGAGGACAGCCUUGAAAAGUAUGUAAUAAUUAUUUCUUUUCUUACUGUAUAUGCAGGUCUUCUAAUUUGUGCUACUAAUAUACGAAACCUAGUCCAGGUAUAAAGAUGAACCAAGUAUUAUGAAGUACAUAAAGUUUGCAGCUACCUUGCCUGAUAAAACUGUACGUGAUGUUGCAUUGAGGUGUUGGUGGAUGCAAGUCUUAUUUUUUAUGUACCAUUACUUUGCAGCAUCAGAGAUUUAUAAUGCUAUCCGAAUUUUCAUUGCUGCUUAUGUUUGGAUGACUGGAUUUGGGAACUUCUCAUAUUAUUAUGUGCGCAAAGAUUUCAGUCUUGCAAGGUUUGCACAGAUGAUGUGGCGGCUCAAUUUCUUGGUUUUUUUUUGCUGUGUUGUCCUCAAUAAUAGUUAUAUGUUGUACUAUAUAUGCCCCAUGCAUACUCUAUUCACUCUUAUGGUUUAUGGGGCACUUGGUAUUUUGACAUAUCUGAACAUUUUGGCUUUUACCGAUAAAUUUUUGUUCCUUGUUUUCACCAGUGUUUAUAUAUGUUUAAGAAAUGUUACUCAAUCCUUCCGAAGCUACAGUUUAACCCUUUUUGCAUGGCUUGGAAAGAUUACACUGGAGACCUAUAUCUCGCAGAUUCACAUCUGGCUAAGAUCCGGGGUUCCAGAUGGUCAGCCUAAGCUGCUCCUUUCUCUGAUCCCAGAUUACCCAAUGUUGAAUUUCAUGCUUACGACUUCCAUAUACCUUGCAAUUUCUUACAGACUCUUUGACUCGACAAAUAUACUGAAAUCAGCUUUUGUACCUACAAAAGACAACAAGCGCCUUGUCCACAACUUCAAGUGGAGUGUUAUUUAAUGUUGCAUUCCAUGGUCUUUUAUAUUAGUUUGAACUUGAAUUUGGUGUUAUUGAAAUAGGGUUUUGUAGCUACCUUGUGUACUAGCUUCUUUAACCAUGAUUGUUAAUUAUUACGUGUUUUGUAGCUCCUUUUAUAUUUGGCCGAGUUAAUAUAGAUCAGAUGAGUUGUGAGGUA